AUGUCCUUCUUGAGGAAUUUCUUUGGCACCAGCAACACGCCUGUUGCGCCCAAGGACGAGAAAACUCCCGUUCGUGCCCUGCCUGCUUCCUGGUACACCUCCCAGGACAUGUACGAGCUUGAACGACGAGCAAUCUUCUCCCGCAAAUGGCUCCUGACUACACACAAGCACCGUGUCGCUAACCCUGGUGACUCGGUCCGAUACGACGCCGCCGGUUUCGAGUUCAUCAUCCUCAAGGACCACCAGGGAACCAUCAGUGCCGUUCUCGCUGACGAUCUUGCCCCUGUGCACCUGCACAUCGACCGAAAUGGAUUUAUCUGGGUGAACAUGGAUGCAUCCGAGACUCCCGAGGUAGCAUGGAAAGACGACUUCGACGGUGUGGAUGAGCAAGCCCGAUACGUCCACUACGAUUUUGAGAAUUACAAGUUUGACCACACAUGGGAUAUGGAGGGUGAAUUCAACUGGAAGAUUUUGGCAGAUAACUAUAAUGAGUGCUACCACUGUCUGGUCGCCCACCCGGAUAUCCCCACUAUCGCCGAUCUGAACUCAUACUAUGUCAAGACGAAGGAUGGACACAUUCAGCACUAUGGUGCUGCCCGUGAAGAUCAGAUCGAAAAGGGUUUCCGGAUAGCUACUACUUAUUUCUGGCCGAACGCUUCUUUCAACAUCAGCCCCAACUUCUUCUUCAUGCAGCGCUUUACUCCGAGCAGCCCUACCAAGUGUGUCAUGCGGUACGAGGUCUACCGUCAUAAGGAUGCUACCGAUGAAGCAUUCACAGUUAUCAGUGAUAUGUACAAGCGUAUCAUGUCGGAAGACAAGUACCUCUGUAUCCUCUCACAGAAGAACUUGAAUGCUGGUGUCUUUGUCAACGGCGAGCUGCACCCUGAGAUGGAGGCUGGUCCGCUUCACUUUCAGAAGACGGUGCGCGAAGUGGUUACGGAGCACCACAAGAAGGAGAGGGAAGCUGGUCAUGAGAUCUGGCCUGCUGCUGAGCGCUACCAAAAGUCUGCUACCGUCCAAGAGGAGACUGCUGCGCCUCAGUCAGCUCUUGACAGCUGGGCUGUGGAGAAGAACGAGAUGCAGGACUCUUUCCACGGAAACUUUGCUCAGGCAAUUGCAGUCUAG